AUGGGGGCAAUGGUGCGUGUCGACUGGACACCUAGCGCCAGCAAGCUCGCCGUGAUGCUAGCCAUAUGUUGCCUUGUUGUUCUAGUGACCGACUACGCCCGAAUACUCCUCUUGCGAAAGAAAAUGCCACCUGGGCCCUUUCCAUGGCCGGUCAUCGGGAAUACUUUUCAGCUCCCCGACACGAAGCCGUGGGUCUACAUCGAAGAACUCUCCAAACGCUACAAGACCCCCAUUGUCACUUAUUGGAUCGGCCGCAACCCGACCGUCUGGAUUUGUGACGCCGGGGCUGCUGCAGAGUUACUGGACAAGAGGGCCGCAGUCUACUCGUCGAGACCGCGGAUGAUUGUGUUUGGCGAACUGGGCCUGGGCCAAGACAACAUUGUGACCAUGUACUACGGCGACCGAUGGCGACUGCAUCGAAAGUUGACCCAUAUGGGCGUGGGCCUGCAGCACGUCCAGAGCUACAGCGGGUUCCAGAACAACGAGAGCAAGGUCGUCGCCAUGGAUAUGCUUGGAAACCCUGGCGCCUUUGUUCGGCACUUUGAACGUUACGCAGCGUCCGUCGUCAGUAUCAUUGGAUUCAAUCGACGCAUCACCAGUCAAGCCGACCCUAUUAUCACUGAGGUGAUUGCCGUCAUGCAGAAAGCGGCCGACCUCAACGUGCCAGGAAAGACCUUCCCUCUACUUAUGGAAACUUUUCCAGUCCUCGCAAAGUUUCCGAACUGGAUGGCCCCGUGGAAGCACGGCCUGGGAGGUGGGAAAGGCCGCGGUAAGUCCUUUUACUAUGCGUUAGCGGAUGAAGCGGCCAGCAAAGAGAAUCAUGGGAACUGUUACGCAAAGAGAAUUUUCGAGGAAGCUCGGAGGUACAACCUCAACGACACCGAGAUUGCUUCGCUGAGUGGGAACCUCUUCGGCGCCGGAAGCGAUACGUCGUCUUCGACCCUCGUCACGUUCGUUCUCGCCUGUUGCGCCUUUCCAGAAGUCCUCCCAAAGGCCUGGGACGAGCUCGACCGUGUGGUCGGCCCUCACCGGAGCCCGGGCCUGAAUGAUCGCGAUGACCUCCCUUAUAUACGCGCUUUUGUCAAGGAGGUUUUCCGGUGGCGUUCGGUUGCCAUUGUCGGCGGCCAAGCUCACGCGCCUAUCCGAGACGAUGUCUAUAAGGGCUGGUAUAUUCCAAAAAACACCUGGGUCCAAGGUAAUGUCUGGGCCAUUCACCGAAACGAAAAGGACUUUCCGGAACCCGAUCGGUUCUGCCCCGAGCGGUUCUUUGAGAGUCAUCCGCUCCAUCGCCCCUUUCCGAAUCAGAAGGGUUACAUGACGUUUGGCUGGGGGAGGAGGGUCUGCAGCGGCCAAGGGCUUGCCGAGCAAGGCACGUUCCUGAAUGUCGCAAGGAUGCUAUGGGGCUUCAAUAUCCAGAAAGCGCUGGACGACAAAGGCGUGGAGAUUCCCGUGGACAUUUUCAAGUACACGAAUGGGUCGAACAUCCGUCCAGAGCCCUUUGAGUGCCGCAUCACACCGAGAACGCCAGAAAUCAAAGAGACCAUCAUGCGCGAAGGCCGCCACGCGCUCGAGGACCUGUCGCAGUAUGACGGCCAGACCAAGUACCGCAUGAGCACAUAUUAUUUGCAGGACAACCGAUAA